GAGACUAUCUGCGAUGCUGCAAAUUCUGUUACCCAUUAUGUGCGUUUGUCAUUCUUGCCGCUUGUGUGGUAGCGUGCGUUGGCUUAGUCUGGAUGCAGGUGGCUCUCAAGGAGGAUCUGGAUGCAAUAAAGGAGAAGUUUCGAACUAUGGAAUCUAAUCAAAAGACAUCAUUCCAAGAAAUUCCUAAACUGAGUGAAGAUUUGGUGCAGAACCAAAAGCAACUAGAACAAAUUGAGACUGGAGAACUGGGGCUAAAUAAAAUUUGGAUAAAUAUCACAGAGAUCAAUAAACAGAUAUCACUAUUGACCUCAACAGUAAAUCAUCUCAAAAACAACAUAAAGUCUGCUUCUGAUCUGAUUUAUCUUCCUCUCACAGUAGAGAAGCUUCAGAAGACUGUAGCGAACAUAGGGAGCACUCUUACCAGUGUUUCUCAUGAUGUUGAAAAUAUACAGACAGCUAUUGAAGAAUACAAGAAAUCCAUAGAAAUACUCCAGAAUGGUGUGGAAUUAAAACAGAUAUCUUCACUUCCCUCCACUGUUGCGCCAAGGACUGAGAGAAAUCAGACAGAAAAUUGUAAACAGGAAAGCCAGUCGCUGCAUGCAGCUUUGGAGGAGCUAAAUAAUACUGCAGUGGCGUAUCAGAAGUUGAAUGACAUCAAGCUUCUAAAUGUGGAUUCAAGCAUUGGUAACCUUAGCCGGAGGGUUAUGCUGUUAGAAAACUCCCCCCUUGCUGUGAAUAAUCUGGACAAAAGUGAGAACUUGUCUACCAGUGUGGGGAAUGAUGCAACUACCUCUCUAAAAGUGGAAAAUGAAGAUCAACUAGAUAAUGAAACUCAUUCAGAUAAAGACCUGAAGGAAACAGGAACUAGAGAUUCUCAGGUAUCAAAACUAAGAGAGAAGCUUCAGAUGAUCAAUGCUUUCACAAGCAAGCCAGAAAACGAUGGAUCCAUUGAGACAUCAAAGAAUGUUGACAGUAGUCUGAGUACUACAGCAAAGCCCACAGACCUUUCAAGGCUGGCUUCAAGGUCAGCUAAUGAUAACGCAGAGGGUAACAGACAGCUGAGACAUCUGUCCUUACCAGGAAUUUCCAGCAUCGAAGAUCUUCAGAAUUUGUUUGCAAAAGCAAUUGAAGAUGGUGAUGGAAAACUAUCUUAUGAAGAUCUUCAAAAGCUGCUUGGCUCUACAGCCCAGGAGCCACAGAGCUUUAAGAAAUUUGACACAGAUGGAGAUGAGAAAUACUCAUUGCAAGAACUGAGAUUAGCUUUAGGUGUAUAGGAUAUAUAUUUAGAAAUGUGGUAUUGAUGGAUGCUACUGUAGCUAAAGGAAACUACGGGACAUGAAAAACUACGUCUGCACUUUCCCGGUGUUUUACUGAUCUUCGGAGCUAAAUUACUGUACACAUUGCCACCUCUUUUUUGUUUGCAUUUAUUGAAAAGAAAUCUACAAGUUUAUAUGUCAAUAAGACAUAAUAUUGGGACUGUGUUAAAAUCCAGAAAAUUCCCAAACUUGGAAACAUUUUCCUCUCUUUCCUUUUCAAGGGGGUUCUUGUUUUUAAUUUAAAAUGUGUACAUACUAAAAUAAAACUAUGGUUUUAUAUUUCACUGAAAUUUGCCUUAAAUUAGAGAGCUGCACUUUAUGUAGAGCAGAAAGAAAUCUGUCUUGUAAAGAUGGGCUGCUUCUGCUUGUAAAUAUUUGAGAUAGA